GACAGCCAACAUGGCGCCGGUGGAGCACGUUGUGGCUGAUGCCGGAGCUUUCUUGAGGGACGCGCCUCUGCAGGACAUCGGGAAGAACAUCUACACCAUCCGGGAGGUGGUGCGAGAGAUUCGCGACAAGGCCACGCGCAGGCGGCUGGCAGUGCUGCCCUACCAGCUUCGGUUCAAGGAGCCUCUCCCAGAGUACGUGCGGCUGGUAACUGAGUUUUCCAAGAAAACUGGGGACUACCCCAGCCUCUCUGCCACAGAUAUCCAGGUGCUGGCUCUGACUUACCAGCUGGAAGCAGAAUUUGUCGGGGUGUCUCAUCUAAAAAAAGAACCAGAGAAGGCUAAAGUGAGCUCUUCAAUUCAGCACCCUGAAACUGCUCUGCACAUUUCUGGCUUCCAUCUGCCCUCCAAGUCUAAACCCUUACAAGAAGCAGUGGAUCGGGGCCACGCAGCUGAUGGGCCCGAGAACCUGGAGUUCAGCUCCUUCAUGUUCUGGAGGACCCCGCUGCCUAACAUUGACCGUGAGCUGCAGGAGCUGCUGAUUGAUGGAAGGGAGGAGGAAGAGGAGGAGGAGGAGUGUGAAGACAGUGAUGACGAUGGUGGUGGGUGGAUAACCCCCAGCAACAUAAAGCAGAUCCAGCAGGAGUUGGAGCAGUGUGACACCCCAGAGGACGUGCAGGUUGGCUGUGUGACCACGGACUUCGCCAUGCAGAAUGUUCUACUUCAGAUGGGGCUGCACGUGUUGGCGGUGAACGGCAUGCUGGUCCGAGAGGCCCGGAGCUACAUCCUGCGCUGUCAUGGCUGUUUCAAGACGACAUCGGACAUGAACCGAGUGUUCUGUGGACAUUGUGGGAACAAGACCCUGAAGAAAGUGUCUGUGACUAUCAAUGACGAUGGGACCUUGCACAUGCAUUUCUCCCGAAACCCGAAAGUUCUGAACCCACGAGGCCUCCGGUACUCACUACCCACUCCAAAAGGGGGCAAAUACGCCAUCAACCCCCAUCUGACCGAGGAUCAGCGCUUCCCCCAGCUGCGACUCUCCCAGAAGGCCAGGCAGAAGACCGACGUGUUCGCCCCUGACUACAUAGCCGGGGUUUCUCCCUUUGCAGAGAAUGACAUCUCCAGCCGCUCGGCCAUCCUGCAAGUCCGGGACGGCAUGUUGGGAGCCGGGAGGAGACGCUUAAAUCCCAAUGCCUCCAGAAAGAAGUUUGUAAAGAAAAGGUGACAUUGCAAGCCCUGCAUGCAAAGCAGACUGCAGCUAGUUAAGAGGAGGCUGCAGUAUCAUCCCUAGUAUCUGCUCUGCAAACCAUCUAGACAGAAGCAGUAGGCCUGGCUUUCUCAACUGCCUGAGGCUGUUGCGCAGCAUUGCUGCCUCAUGUGACUGCCGUGCCUGUGAAUACGCAGAACCAGGACUCCACCCCACCGUGGAAAGGGAGCUUGAAGCAGAAAAGAGGGCGCCUCGGAGCCAAUGUUGAGCCUUGAAGUUCAAAGGAAGAAGUAGCCAAAUCUUUUUCUAAUAAACUCAAUGUUCAGCUCCUCUGUGUUUAAGUUCUCGUAUCCUUGGUGGACACGGACACUAAGAAUCAACUAUGUAGUUGAUUUUUUUUUGCCAGAAAUUAUAAGUAUUCUACAAUAAAUCUUUAAAUUUGU